ACAUCCUCCUGAGCUGUGCCUCAGAGCAUGAAAGGAGUAAAGGUGAAGAAUUGCAAAGACCUGACAGAAACAUCAAGGCGCAAAGAAAUUACACCGCAGUAAAUGUCAGGAGACCUAAAGCUGGGACUCUGAGAAAGAAGGUGAAGAAGACAGGAAGUCAGAGAGUUUCCAGGGGACCGAGGGAUGACGCCAGCUGCAGCAGACUGGGAGGAAUCUGCCAGCAGAACCGCUUCAUCUGCACGGGUCCAUACCUCAGAGACAAGUGUUCAGGGGCCGGGACGAGGCAGUGCUGCAUGCCGGUCGGAGCCUGGACUGUCUUCUGUGCCGGUCACCACAACAACAGAGUGAGGGCGUGUGAUGUGCACGGCUGUGGAGCGUUCAACUCCAGAAGAGGUAAUGGCCGACAUAAAGCAGUGGACCUGGUGUGUGAGGACUACGGCGUCAUCAACACUCCAUUCUCCGGCUCUCUGGCGGGUCCAGUGAGUUGGAGAGACCGUGCUGGGAACCAGUUUGAUGGGGUCAAACUUCUCAAUGCUGCGUACUGCGUGAAGAUCUUCAACAUCCGUCCGUACCGCUACGUCGGCCCCGUGGUUCAGGGAGAGGCGUUGGGGUAUCUGUUGCCGCAGCAGGAGCGCUUCUCCGGCAUCACUUCACACCUGGAGCUGCACAUGUGUGACGGCACGGACCCUUCACCAUUCAUAUGA